AUGGUGCAGCCCCAUGUCAACGAGACGCUACUGGACGUCCACAAGCCCUUUACCGAGUGCGCGUUCGGCCUCGACCGCCGCCUCACCAAGGCUGUCGCCAAGAUGCAGUUCGUGCACGCGACGCUCGUGCAGCUGCACUGCAUUCCACUGGCUCUCCAGGGCAAAGACCUGCUAGUGCGUGCUCGGACUGGCUCGGGCAAGACGGCGGCCUUUGCAUUGCCGCUACUGCACAAGAUAUUAAAGACGAAGGUCCAGGACGCUACAGCAGCUGCAGCUGUCCGUGCACUGGUGUUAGUGCCUACGAAGGAGCUCGUGGAACAGACGCGACGGCAUCUGUUGGAGCUCAUGUACUAUUGCCAAGACACGGUGAGUCUGUUGGCAUUGGGUGGCCAGAGCAUGAACGCCCAGCAGGCGCUGCUUCGGGAUGCUCCAGACGUGCUCGUGGCCACACCUGGUCGCCUCGUGGCGCACUUGGAAGCUGGUAAUUUGACACUCAAGGAUUCAGUCCAGACGGUCGUGAUUGAUGAAGCGGACCUUGUGCUGUCCUUUGGAUAUGGAGAAGAUAUUCGGAAGAUUGUCAAUGCACUGCCAAAAGCGUGUCAGACGUUUUGUAUGUCGGCGACGUUAAGUCCUGAGCUCGAGACGCUCAAGCGCUCGGUGCUGCAUAAUCCAGCGGUCGUGAAGCUCGAGGAAGGCGCGACCGAUGGGAAACUCCAGCAGUUUUACUUACCAGUGAAAGCUGCAGACAAGGAUUUGCUGCUGUACGCACUGCUGCGACUUGGUGUAGUGAGCGGCAAGGUGAUCUUUUUCGUGAACUCGACGCCUGCUGCGUACCGACUCAAGCUGUUCUUUGAGCAGUUUGUGAUCAAGAGCGCGGUACUUAAUGCCAAGUUGCCUCACAACUCACGUCAGCACAUAAUUGAGGAGUUCAACCGUGGUCUGUUUGACUACCUCAUUGCCACGGACGACAGCGUUGAUCGGGACGAAGUCGGUGACGAAGAAGAGGAUGAAGAUGACCAAGAAGAGGUAGAGGAGGAAGAGGAUGGGGAUGCUGAAAAUGAUGAAAAUGAGGAAGAGGAAGUGGCGGAAAGCACAGAUGUGCCGGGCGAGGUGCCUAGCUCUGAGAAGGCAAAGGUUAAAGAGAGCAACAGCAAUGAAGAAGGUGGCAAUUCGGGGGACGACGACAGCGAGAAUGAGGACGAAGUCAUGGAAAGCGACAAGGACGAGCAAUCUGAUAACGACGACGACGCUACUAAUGACGUUGACGACGACAAGCAGAGAAAUGAGACGGUUGGCUCGAAGCAUGAUCGUGGCGAUGACAAGAGCUAUGGGGUGUCGCGUGGUGUUGACUUUCGUGGUGUCAAGUUUGUUAUCAACGUAGACUUUCCGAAAAGUGUGCGUGCGUACACACACCGAAUCGGGCGCACGGCUCGAGGUGGUGCGUCUGGUACAGCCCUGUCACUUGUGGCCAAGGAAGACUUGAAAGAAGAGCGUGCGCUGAAGCGUGUGCAAGCAAAGCAGCAGGCUGUGCGCUCCGAGUCAAAUGACGUUAUUGCGCAGCCCGCUGAGCUGGCUUUCGACCUCAAGGAAAUCGAUUGUUUUCGCUACCGUGUGGAAGAUGUCCGUCGUGCAGUUACACGUGUGGCCGUACGGGAGGCUCAGCUCGCCGAUGUGAAGAAGGAGAUACUCAACUCGGAGCGUUUGGCAGCACAUUUUGAGGCAAACCCACGGGAUCUGAACAUGCUCGAGCACGACAAAGUGGUGGGCUCGGCACCUGUGCAGCCUCACUUGGCAACUAUCCCGGACUAUCUCGUGCCUAUCGAGCUGCAACCACCAGCACCAGCUCGCACAAAGAAAAAACAUAACAAGCGACAACGGCUCGCGGACGGCAAGCGUCGAACGGAUAACGAUCCGCUGCACACAUUUGUAGCUCCUGACGUUAGUGGCGACAAGAAGGAGACAGUGGACGAUCGAAUAAGCUAUGGUAAUACCGGCGUCGGGAAGAGUACGGCUGGUCGUCAGAAGUGGAAGAAGCAGCACCGCAAGGGUUCUUUCAACCCCAAGACGAUCGCCAAGAAGAAGUUCAAGAUGAGCAAGGGUGCUACACAUUAA